AUGACAGAACAGAAUCUGCAGACGUUCCUUUAUCUAGUGAUUCUGGAGAGUGAGCCGGAAGAGCCACCAGCAAAGAAACUAAAGUCGGACCCGAGCCCCCAGAAAAGGCUUCAGAAACUUGAAAAAAAAAAGCCAAGGAAAAGAAGACCAAGGCUAGAGAAUCAAAACAUGUCCCAACCAAAGAAAAGAAGACGAACGAAUGAGGAGGAAGAGAAAAAUAAGAUGAAAAACCUAAUGAAGGAAGUUCUGGCAGAGGCCCUUCCAGCAAUCACUGAGACUAUUAUGGCGACUGUGAAGGAAACACUUAGGGUAACUGCAAAUAAGGAGACGUCUCCUCAAGUGAGCCAGUCUAAUAUGGGUAGUACUACUGAAAGAAAUUCCAUGUCUGCAACAUCAUCUGCAAUAUCGUCUGCGACAUCAUCUGCAACAUCAUCUGCAACAUCACAGGAAACACCUCAACCACAGACUACGCCAGUGCAGUUAUCUACGGAAGGUAAUAACAAUAAGGGCACGGGACCACUUCACAUUGGUCGUCCUUUGGGUCAGGGAAUAGAUAUGGAAAUUAAGCCAAAAAUAUGGGCAGAGGAGUUCAUACAGUUAGGAACACUGGUUUUUAAACAACCUUAUUCUAAGCUGGAGGCAGUUCAGGCAAGUGACAAUAGCGUCACAUUCCUCCAAAAGGAACACAAAUACUAUUUUAAAUCAUUACAACAGUGGACAGGAGCAUUCCAUAUCUUUGUAGCCAUUUACUGUGAAACGUUCCCCCAGCAGGCACCAAACCUCAUGAAGUACAUGGCUACAGUCCAAAAACUAAGUGCUGAUGUUGGGGAGAGUGCUGCAUUUUAUUAUGAUGAGCAAUUCCGGAAAUGGAGGGCGGAAAACCUAGACCAGAUGCCUUGGGAGAAAAUAAACUCGGAACUUCAUUCAGAAGCUUUGCAGAUUGGAUUGAAAACCAAAAUGUUUCAAACAGAGGGAAAGGCGAUUCCACAAAAGCAAAACCAACAGCAGCCCUUUCGUGCAAGAAACAUCAGAAAGCCAUGCUUUAGCUUCAAUAACAAUGCUGGACAGUGUACCAGAUCCAACUGUGAAUAUGCACACAUACGCAGCAAAUGUUUCGGAGAUCACAACAAAAAAGACUGUUGGAUUUCAGACAACUACAAGAAACCCAAUCAAAAAAGCACAAAACAAGCAAAUGUCCAAACUACAACCAAGAAAUAG